CGCAAGACGACGCAUUUGCUGAUAAGCGAGCAUGGCUUGCCCUAAUAUGAGUGCCAAUCUGCAACUUCAUGGACAAGGACCGCUGUCGGUGUUUCUUUUCACUUUCCGCCACCAUUCUGGCAUCAUGAUCAGGAGACGAGGCCAGCCAGUACGUUGCAUUUCAUUCUUUAUCUUGUAGGGUGCUUUGGUCAAGUUCGAAGCAGAAUCAAGAUGGUGAACCAGGCAGAUGGAGCAGCCACCUUGAGUAUACCCCCAGAUGCUGAGGACGACACUCCCCUUGACGUGACCGACUCGUUGAGCGGGAGCACGCUCGCCGCUCUUCAAGAGUUUCUUGCAGAGCAGAAGCAGGCCGCAGAGAAUGCCGAGGGGGACCCCUUUGCAGAGGACUGGGGCUUGUCGCAGUUUUGGUACACCCGAGAGACUGCACACAAAGUGGCAGAGGAGGUGGUUGAGAAAAGCGACGGGGGCCGGCAGCCAAUCGCCUGUGUGGCGUGUCCUUCUCUCUUCAGAGAACUGAAGGCUUCCUUCCCAGAAGCAAACGUGCAUCUCUUCGAGUUCGAUAACCGCUUCAGCAGUUUUGGGUCCCAGUUCACGUUCUAUGAUUACAACAAGCCGGUGCGACUGCCAGCGGAGCAAAAGGGGCACUUCCAAGUAGUUGUGGCUGACCCUCCCUACCUGAGUGACGAGUGCAUACAGAAAACCGCUCAGACAGUCGAGUACCUAUCCUGCUCCAAUGCUUCACGACUCAUUCUCACAGGUGCUGUACAGAGGGACCGGGUCUGGAAAUACUUAGGCAUGCGCCCAUGUGUUUUUCGACCAGAACAUCAGAAGAAGCUAGGCAACGAAUUCCUUGUGUACACCAACUACGAGGCAUGUCAAAGACUGGGUGGCUGGGACAAGAGUUUGAUCGAUCCAUGACGUGGCUGCUUUUAUAGGUAUGUAGUUGAGUGGAUUGAACGAUCGAGCCGCCCAUUCAUGUAUGGUUGAGCUUGUACGCUCUCAUGCAUGCAUGCAGGCUACAGCCUCAUGAUUGUUAUUUAAUUGUACACUAGCAGGAUAUAUGCACAAAUAGCUAUAGCUAGACAUACGCGAAUUAUAUAUGUCGACUGAGACAGCAUAUAAGCAUGAC